GAUUUUUUUUCCUUGAGCCGCCGCCAUGUUGGUAUGAGGCAGGAUGACAGCAGGACGGAGCAGAAGAGGGACACUGAUCUGAAUUAUGAAAUAAAAGAUACGCAAAUACUCUUUUUAUAGGGGUAUGGAAAAAGGGCUUGAGAACUAUCGGUACAUCCAACACAUUCGAGUGUUUGCUUUCUUUUUGUAAAAACAACUUUAAGGAUUUAAAAGGACUGUAAUUUCCUGGAUGUUCAGAAAUUCGUUUUCCUAUGGCGUCAACCACAAAAAGCAUAAACAGUCCCAAGAUGUCAAGCAAUAUUCCAACUGAUAUGAUCAACUUGCGACUCAUCUUGGUGAGCGGAAAAACAAAAGAGUUUUUGUUUUCCCCUAAUGAUUCAGCUGCUGAUAUUGCCAAACAUGUGUAUGACAACUGGCCUAUGGACUGGGAAGAGGAGCAGGUUAGCAGUCCAAAUAUUCUACGGCUCAUCUACCAGGGAAGGUUUCUGCAUGGCAAUGUGACACUAGGAGCAUUAAAACUCCCUCUUGGCAAAACCACAGUGAUGCAUUUAGUUGCCAGAGAGACAUUACCAGAGCCAAAUUCCCAAGGUCAAAGGAACCGGGAAAAGACUGGAGAAAGCAACUGCUGUGUGAUCCUGUAAAUACAUCCAGUUGUUUCUGCUAACCGUGAUGUAAUAUAGUCUUCGUCUUUCAUGCUGCUGAAAUAGACACUUAACUUUGCUUCAAGGACCCAUAGGAGCAGUCAGAUGUAACAAAAUCAAAAUGAGCGAAGAGACAGAUUUUUACCAGAACUGGAUGGUUUUGUCAACAUCAUGUAUCAUGUAUCUUUGUUUCCUUUAAAACUGGUUCACUCCCAAAAAAUCCUGAGAAAAUGUUGCAUUCUUCUGAGUAAAGUGCUGUCCUCGUCGCGCAGUGUUUGUUUGCACAUGAAAUGCCAUAGUUUCUGCAUAGUGCACUCUGGAUGAUUGGAUGACGUCUUGAUGAUUCAUGACAGGAAAACAUGAUUCUCUCUUGCUUGAAAAAGCUAGUUUGCACCUGAUCGUUUUUAUUUCAGUUUUGAGAAAUCGAGUUCUUGAAUACGAGCGGAAGGAAGGGAGGGAGAGAAAGGAGAGAAUAUUUGUGGGUGGAUAUAUCCACUAGUAAUGGAAGCCCUUUCACCAGAUUUUUUAAUGAUGCAUUACAGGGGUUCUCAAACUGUUUGUGUGGGCAAGGGCAUUAUAUACCUGAAUAAUUUUGCUGUGUUUCCGUAACCACUGAAAAAAUAAACACUUAGGGUCUCUUUAAGGCAUACAAUUUUGUUUUUGUAACAGAAUGAGUAUUGAUGUGCCUGUAGAACUGAGAAACUGAUCUUGUUCUUGAAGAUAUCCUUAUCCUUAAUGCAUUCUAAAACAGCAAAUUAUGGCAAAAUGUUUUGAAGUACAGUGAGUACUAUUCUAAGCCUUAACAUAAGAAUGGAGGCUUUCAUUAAAUCAUUUAUUGUUCAAAACCUUUGAAAAGCCUACUAAAUUAUCUAGCUGUUUCUUUUUUUCUCAUAUUUAAAUCUGUCUGUGCAUUAACAUAAUGAAAUCCUCAGCAAUCAUGUACCUAAUUUCAUUGUCCAGUGUUGUGUCCAUCUGUAUGGAGUAGUUUGGAAUUACUUUUUAGAACGCAUAUAUCUGUCAGUAAAAGUUUUUGUCUGUUUUUGCAAGUAGUGUAACUGUAUACAGUGCUUGCAGUUGAUCAGGAGGUAAACUGGAAUGAUUAUGCAGUGAGAUUACUUUUUUCCCUUUUCGUUUUUUUUUUAAAUAUUUUUUUUUGCUUACAAAGAAGUCAAUUUGCACAACACUGAAGCAUGAGCUAUUUCAUCAAAACGUGUAAAAAAAAGUUUUUUAUAUUUUUCCAGUGGGAAUGAUAUUCUGAACUGAGGUUACAUAUAUGUAGAAUAUAUUUAAUAUGAAUCUUAUAUAGAACAUGAUUAUAGAUCUUAUUGAUAUACAUUGGUGUGUAGUAUAGGAUAAUCUAUAUAAAUAGCUUAUUAGCAGUCAAAAGCUGACAGUAUGUCUUGGGCCUAAUACAGGUAACCCUGAUCUUUCCAUAAAAUUAACGUAAUACAUGUAUAUUUGUUUCCUUGUAAUUUUUUUACUCAUCUGCUCUUACUUUAAUAUCAUUUCCCCCCUUCUCCAUGGUAAUUGCUUUAAUGAAAUGCUUUAUAAUUCAGUACAAGGUCUUAUGAAAAUAUUGUUCAUAUUGAUCAGGAUUUAAAUCUGUAUAGAGCAAAGUUUUCAAACUGAUUGUAAAUAGCACUAAUCAUUUUUCUUCAAACUAUCAAUAGAAACCUUCUGUAAACUAAAUAAAGAAUAUUGAAGUGCA